AUGCCUGACAAGACCGUCCUUAUCACCGGUGCCAACAGGGGCAUCGGUCGUGAGCUUACCAAGUUCUAUCUCGAGAAAGGCUGGCGUGUCUUAGCAGCCGCUCGCGAUCCCACCAAAGUUGCUCAAGAGGGCAAGGUGGUCAUCAUCAAGAUCGACUCGUCUUCCACUACCGACGCUCAAGAAGCCGUGGAAGAGCUCAAGAACAAGCACAACAUUACCCACCUCGACGUUGUCAUUGCCAACGCCGCUGUCGCCCCCACCCCGUCUCCUCUCGCCAGCGCUUCAAUCUCUGAACUAUCUUCCGGCCUCAUCACAAACGUCAGCGGCCCUCUUGCUCUUUAUCAAGCGACAAGGCCUUUGUUGAGCGAUGGAGAUGCUUUUGUGGUGAUCACCUCUACAGUGGGAAGUAUCACUGGGGAAUGGAUGCCUUACCUGGGGGCAUAUGGAGCUACCAAGACUGCCGUCAACUUUAUCGUCCGGGGAAUUCAUAUCGAAGAGCCCAAGUUGAAGGCCUUUGCGAUCAAUCCUGGAUGGGUCAACACCGAUAUGGGCUACGUCGGAUCGACCUUGGCCGGGCUUGAUGCGCCCCCUGACAAGCUGUCUGAUACUGUCCCUGGUAUCAUCAAGGUGAUCGACGAGGCAACAAAGGAAAAGACUUCUGGACUCUUGUGGAACUAG